UAAGGGAGAAAAUGAAGGCAACCUUCAAGCACCGUCAGAGUAUGCUACACGACCCAGACCAGUCUUCAGUCAUCCUAGAUCACUUCCCCCGAUUCUUGGAUACACCGGGCUUGAUUAACCAAGACUUCACAAUGCUAUUUGGACAAGACGUCUCGGGCAAGUUUAUCGCAAAAUGGCCAACGUUCUACAAACCUAAGAUUAUCACUGUCUGCAAAAGCCUUCGCCCUGGUACUCAUGUGGAUGACCUUCUGUCUGCUCAAGAGGAAGCGAAUGAUUAUGGAUGGGACAGUGACUUGGCAGCUAUCCUCCUGCUUAUUCAUCUCUUGCCUCCGACUGCAAAAGGGAAAAGACAUGGGAAGAUCAGUGCCACUGAAGCUACUGACCAUGUGGUCAAGUUCAUGAAGGUGGGGACAAGCAUGGUGACAUUCCUUGACAGAGUUGGAUCAGCACAGCCCUUCCUCCUCUGUGUUGGAGAAAAGAAGAGUAGUAUCCAGAAGUUCUACGUCAUCCUCGACCAGAAGGCCAUCCCCUGUGUGGCACAGACAGCUGUGGCUGCCUUCGACGAACUGUUUAAGGCCCACUUUGUCUUUGCUGUAUCCUACGAUGAGGCCUUGUGCAACUUCUACACCUUCAUUCAGACUACUGUGUAUGGGAUUGAUGUCGGCACUACAAAAGAGAGUCCGCGGGUCAAGGAAAUUCGGGCAAAAGUUGAUCAUACGGAGGUUUGAAAAUGUUUACCUGCUAUGUUUGCAAGGUACAGCACAAAAGCUCCUUUUUUUCUUUUUUUUUCUCAACAUUUGAAGUUUAGUCAUGCUUUGUGCCCCCGACGUACAUUGCUUUUGAAAUGUGGCGAGAAUGGAUGUUCACAUAUUGUGGAUUCAAGGAACUUUUACUGAGAGUACAUACAGACUGUGUAGCUUCAAGUUCUGUUGAUCAUUUGAACAUUCAUUUGACUGUAAUGUUUGUAUUCCUGAUCCACUGCUGAGUGCAGUUUCUCUAGUCAGUUACCCAGCUCCUCUUGAAAAAUGACAGUGACUCUAUUGGCGCUCAAGUGGAGUCUCUGAACGUACUUUGCUAUCUUAAGUUGGUUCA